UGUCUCCAAUCCGUUCGCGUCAGAUGCACUGGUGUUGAUUUUACCUGCAUCCACCUACUGUCAUCUUUGGCAAUAGAAAAGACCUAUAAUCCAGUUCUCUAUGAGCGCGAACAGAGACCGGGAGCGUCUGUUCCCCGCAGUCUCAAUUGGGCGCAACUCAGGGUUGGCGACAUCCGACCUGUUGACAGCGCACCCGUUACUAUCUCCCUCGUCCCCCAACACGCCCGACCCUACACAACGGAUCCCAAGUCCUGUUCCCCGAUAUGUCCCAUAUACUCCGCGGCAACGUAGUGCGCCUACAGCAGCGACUACUAUUGGGACAACGACGCAUUCCUCUGCCGUUGCUUCUGCGCCCCAGCAGCAAGGCGGCGCGACUAGUAAACUGCAACUCAUGAAUCUCAAGGCAGAGGCACAGAAUAUUGGGCUUGAUACAAGUAGUGUGGGAUGGGCGAUCCUAGAGAAACUUGUAGGAUCUGAUGGUGGAGAGUGGACCGACGUAUGGUCUGCGCUUGCCGUAGGGAAGGCUACGCUUUUGCUGCCGCUUGAGCCUGCUGCAAGUAGCGACAGGAUUACCGCUGACUUUGUCAAGGACCACAUCGUCCUGUGCGAUGGGCCGUCUCGCAAAAACGCCCAUAUCGUGACUCUUUCUGGGCUACGAGGAACUUUGGAUGGAAACACACUGACAUUACGUUCGACCCUCCACCCGUCAUCGAAAGCGUUCCUCGACCUGCUUUCACCAACAACACGUCCAUCUACACUAGCUAUGUUGGCUCCGAUUCCACAUCUUCCGACGGCAACCUCGUAUCCCAUGUUUGCAGUGCCCACUCACGCUCCGGCACUCGCGCUGCCCCCGCGGAUACCACCGCCCCUUCCACCUCGCCCAGUGGGAAGUCUAUCCAGAGGCACUGGAUCCCAGCACUCUCGGUUGUCCAACCCAUUCGCGUCGUUAUUUGGGGCAAACCAUCCCCCACCAAUAGUCCCGAAGCCUUCUCCGGCCUCGAUACACGAAGGGAUGUCGAGCUCAGACCACCCUGUGAACGUCCCCGCUUUCACCAUCGCUCAGCGCAUUGUACGCAAAGAUGUCGCACGUUCCAUUGAGAAGGCACUGAGAACGGAGAUUCACUCUAUUUCGCCGCCGUGGGUCGCAGAGCGCGUCGACACGUUUGUCAACCCAUGGUAUCCAUUCAAGCGCGUCAAGCGAGGUUCCGAUACCAGCAGCACCUCCAAUAACGGCAGCACCAAUUAUGUUGUGGGCGAUCCGCUCGCAGGCAUGCUCCCAGAAGAGAUUGGUGAAAUGGUCCAAGGUUUCUACGCGAGAUUGGAAGAAGAUUUUACUAGUCGCAGGAAAUCUAGCGAUGAAGAAAAUGCGGAUCUCGAUGAGAAAGAGAAGGAGGAGCUUCAGCAAGUGCUAGCACAAGUUGAACGAGCGAUUAGCGUGCUGUUCUUUGAUCGGUUGUUCUCGCCAGCGUCGUCAGAUGACCCAUCUCAUGACCAGGCGCUUUCCAGUCGCGUUGCAGCCCUCAACAUGCUUGAUUUGAAUCUGGAGCAUCUUGGUGUCGAUGUCCCUGCUGACGCACAGGAGGGGUUAGACCUUGUAGUCCAGUCUUGUGGGCAAGUUCUUUCUGGACUUGAGCUACAUCAAUCACCCGCGGACAAGGUCUCUAUCAUGGUGCAAGCGCACCGAGAAGUGAUUGAGGGUCUGUCUCGACUUCCACCGAUUCGAUUGCUAUCUGAGGAGGAAGAGAGGACACGUGCUCUGGCCAGAAAAGCACCACCUUUAGUUGCAGAUCCGCCCCCGCCUUCACAAGAAUCCCAGAGUCCUUCACCAGCACCGGUGGUACCUAGAUCUCUGGAGGAUGGGGAUGAGUCGAAGUCGAUCGACGACGUCACAUCUACUGAGGUGCCCGAUGAAGGUCCAGAAACAAAAACUGAAGCCUCCACUUCAGAGCCUACGGUUGAAGUUGACGCUCAACCCACUCCGACACCAGUCUCGUCUGAUGUGCUCCUUCCUCUCAUCAUCUUUGCAGUGGUCAAAUCCAAUCCCUCGAGGCUUGUCUCGCAUCUGCUGUUCUCGCAGCGUUUCCGCGUCACUCCAUCCGGGAUAGCCCAAGGGGAAGAGGCAUUCUGUCUAGUUAACUUGAUGGCGGUCGCGGAGUUUUUGGAGAAUGUAGACCUUGAGGCCUUGGGUCUUGGAGACAGCGGUAUUAGUGUUGCGGAUCUGACACCCAUCCCCAUCGCGCGCAACAGUCCAAAGGCGCCUUCACUUACUCUGGGAGAUGACAACACGAAUGUCUUGCGAAGACAGGUCGACACUCUCACGGAGGGGGCUGGUCGGAUGCUCACCGGUGUAACUGGUGUCGUCGACUCGUCGUUUGGAAUGCUCAAGCAACUAUUGCCGAAUGUACCGACCCCGUUGGGUACUCCAGCACUGGACAACACCUCAAGCGCUGCUCCGUGGAAUCUGCCGCACGCCGUGGCUCGCCCUGGCUUUGGACUGCUGCGUCGGGAGACUGGAUUCUCGAUUGGCGGUAUUAGCAUCGGCGGUCGGUCAGUCGAAAAGCGCGAGGAAGAGCUGAAGGAUGUGUCUCGGCCCGCGAGUUUACGGGGCGAUGCCCAUUCCGACGAAGAAUCUGACGAAGAGGACGAGGACGAGGACGAGGAUGAGGCCUUUGACGGACCCAGUUCUUAUGACACCCGUAGCAUCCGAAGUUUCGAGAGUAUGAUGAGCAGGGAGAAGAGAAAAGCUGCACGGAAGCCGAGGAAAAGUCUGUCAGAUCGUUUGGCUCAUGUUUCGGCGGGGCUGGCCGGAUUCAAGGGCUCUCCGAGCCGAUUCGAUAGCUCACGACCCAACUCGCCAGCCGUUCGGGCAGGAGAACUGCUUGCAUUGGCACCGCCCAAUCCGCGCUUUCUGGACUGUGCUCCGGACGACCUCAAACUCGCCGAAGUUGCCGAGUUGUUGCGGGACUAUCGUCGAUUAGUGGAUGGGAUUAGGGCUGUAGGUGGCUUUGUUGGUGAAGAUUAGGCUUUCUUUUCUUUGCUUCCAUCAAUCUCGCGUGUUUCUUUAGUACGAGUGAACGUACCGCGUGCAUCACCAAAACGCGCUACUAAUGUACGCUCUGUGAUUGGAUAGAGAUCACAUGAUCGCUCGUCCAAACGGAGGGCCUCCGAUUGGCUCCCACAUCGAAUAUUACUCCUUGAAAACGACAGUAAGCAGAAAGCACACUUCCUUCUUACACCAUGUCGUCGUCGUCGUCCUCGCCUGCCGCCGCUAUCGCACUCCCCCGCCCUGCUACUACCGAUGAAUCGGCACGUAAACCGCCUGUCUGGUCCAUUGAUCAAACCGCCACUCCGUCACAAGAGGUCCCGCCAACUGCUCUCUGCGCGCGACACAAUCGGCCCGAUGGCGUCUGCUGCAAAGAAUUGAAAGGAGACGAUCGUACUCUCAUCAACCCAGAGAUUGUCCGCGACAUCGUCAUCGGUCUCUCAGAUGGUCUCACUGUCCCCUUCGCCCUCACAGCGGGCCUUUCUUCACUGGGCGAGUCGCGCUUAGUCGUACUCGGCGGUGUCGCCGAACUCAUCGCUGGUGCCAUCUCCAUGGGCAUCGGCGGUUUCCUUGCAUCGCAAGCCGAACGCGACCACUACCGCUUCCAGCGCACCUCGACCGCGGCCCGCGUAGUCCGCUCCUGCGACGGAGAGAUGGAGCGCGAGGUGUCUGAUGUGCUUGGGCCCAUCGGCGUCGAUGCGAAGACCUGCCGCGCCGUCGCAAGAUGCCUCCGGGACGCGGAACUGCCGGCCAGUUCGAACAACAGCGUGCAAGCACACGACCUCGAGUCGAACGACUCUCUGCGAUGGUCGAAGGAAGUUGGAUUGACGCCCUUCUUGCUCAAGUUUGGAGAGGGUCUCGAGGAGGUGCCGACUUCUCGGCUAUACUCGUCUGCGGCUACCAUUGGUGCCGGCUACCUCAUCGGCGGCAUCAUCCCCCUCAUCCCGUACUUCUUCAUCCCACGGGCCAGCAUCGCUCUCAUGUGGAGUGCCAUCAUCACUGGUCUCGUCUUGCUGGUAUUUGGCGCCGUGAAGGCCCACAUCACGGGUGCAGGGACAGGUGCCAAAGGCUAUGUCUGGGGUGCUGUGAGCACACUUCUUGUCGGCGGUGUCGCUGCCGCUGCAGCGUUUGGGAUCGUUAGAGCACUGGAGGGCCAAGAGUAGGCUCGCAUGGGUGCAGCGAAAGUAUAUUACGCCUUGGAAUCUGUCUAAUAUAGUGUAUUUUGUAUUUUAUCUUGGGCCACAUACAACUCUCAAGCCCUAACCCCAACGGCUUCU